UGCUAUGGGCCUGGAGGCAGCGUGUGAACUGGAGAGCAGUGCCCUGGGCGCGUUGCUCCGGGAGCCGCGGGAGGCUGAGCUCACGCUCCUGCUGGACUGUCGGCCCUUCCUGGCCUUCUGCCGGCGCCACGUGCGGUCCGCGCGGCCGGUGCCCUGGAACGCGCUGCUACGGCGCCGUGCGCGCGGCCCGCCCGCCGCGGCUCUCGCCUGCCUGCUGCCUGACCGCGCUUUGCGGGCGCGUCUGGACCGCGGGGAGCUGGCGCGGGCCGUGGUGCUGGACGAGGGCAGCGCCUCGGUGUCCGAGCUCGGAUCGGAUAGCCCAGCACACCUGCUGCUCACCGCACUGCUGCACGAGACUCGAGCCCUACCCACCGCUGUGUGCUUCCUUCGAGGAGGCUUUGACAGCUUCCAGGCCUGUUGUCCAGACCUGUGCUCUGAGUCCCCUGUCCUGGCGCUACCACCUACUGUGGCGGAAAACAGCCGUCCAGACCACAGGAUUCCCUUCUAUGACCAGGGUGGCCCUGUGGAGAUCUUGCCCUACCUCUUCCUGGGCAGCUGUAGCCACUCAUCAGACCUACAGGGGCUGCAGGCAUGCGGCAUCACAGCGGUCCUCAAUGUCUCUGCCAGCUGCCCUAACCACUUUGAGGGCCUUUUUCACUACAAGAGCAUCCCUGUAGAGGACAACCAGAUGGUGGAGAUUAGUGCCUGGUUCCAGGAAGCCAUAGGCUUCAUUGACUCUGUGAAGAACAGCGGAGGCCGAGUACUGGUACACUGCCAGGCGGGCAUCUCACGCUCUGCCACCAUCUGUCUAGCAUACCUGAUACAGAGCCACCGUGUGCGGCUGGACGAGGCCUUUGACUUUGUUAAGCAACGCCGUGGAGUCAUUUCACCCAACUUCAGUUUCAUGGGCCAGCUGCUGCAGUUUGAGACCCAGGUGCUGUGUCACUGA